UCCGCCAUCAUUGCACUGCGCAUUCCAAGCAACACCUUUGAGCGAAUGUUGUAAAAUAGUAGUAAAAUAGGCUGGAAAUAAGCUGGAGAUCGUUAAAAAGCUGUAAUCUUUCGAUUAAAAGUGAAGUAAAUAAUGUACGAGAAUGAAGAUGGUGAUCAUUUUGAGGAAGAAGAUCCGGAGGAGAUUUCUCACGAGCUGUGGCAGGAAGCUUGUUGGAUCGUAAUUAACGCAUAUUUCGAUGAAAAAGGCCUGGUCCGGCAACAGCUGGACAGUUUUGACGAAUUCAUUCAGAUGUCUGUUCAGCGAAUUGUAGAAGAUUCGCCGGCUAUUGAAUUGACUGCUGAAGCACAACACAACACGGGAGAUAUCGAGACACCGACUAGAUAUGUGCUGAAGUUUGAUCAGAUCUAUCUCUCCAAGCCGACUCACUGGGAAAAGGAUGGGUCCCCCUCGCCCAUGAUGCCCAACGAAGCCCGUCUACGCAACUUGACAUACUCGGCGCCACUGUAUGUGGACAUCACUAAGACGAAAAUUGUCGAAGGGCAAGAACCGGUCGAAACACAACAUCAAAAGACAUUCAUCGGAAAAAUUCCGAUUAUGCUCCGAUCAACCUAUUGUUUGCUAUCGCAACUGACGGAUCGUGAUUUGACAGAGUUAAACGAAUGUCCUCUUGAUCCAGGCGGUUAUUUUAUCAUUAACGGUUCAGAGAAGGUGCUAAUCGCACAGGAAAAAAUGGCCACCAAUACGGUGUAUGUGUUUAGCAUGAAAGAUGGCAAAUAUGCGUAUAAAUCGGAAAUCCGAUCGUGUCUCGAGCAUAGCUCUCGGCCAACCUCUACUCUGUGGUGUAACAUGAUGGCCCGCGGUGGACAAAGUAUUAAAAAAUCUGCAAUCGGCCAGCGUGUGAUUGCGAUUUUGCCGUACGUGAAGCAGGAAAUUCCCAUCAUGAUUGUAUUUCGAGCGCUUGGUUUCGUCGCCGAUCGUGAUAUUCUCGAGCACAUUAUCUAUGAUUUUGACGAUCCGGAGAUGAUGGAAAUGGUCAAACCAUCGCUGGAUGAAGCCUUCGUUGUGCAAGAGCAGAAUGUGGCGUUGAAUUUUAUCGGUGCGAGAGGUGCCCGACCUGGUGUGACUAAAGACAAACGUAUCAAGUACGCGAAGGAAAUUCUGCAGAAGGAAAUGUUACCUCACGUGGGAGUUUCGGAUUUCUGUGAGACUAAAAAGGCUUAUUUUCUUGGAUACAUGGUACAUAGGUUGCUUCUGGCUGCCCUGGGUCGCCGUGAGUUGGACGAUCGUGAUCACUACGGAAAUAAAAGAUUAGACUUGGCUGGACCGCUGCUAGCUUUCCUGUUUCGUGGCCUGUUUAAAAAUUUGAUGAAAGAAGUACGCAUGUACGCACAAAAGUUUAUCGAUCGUGGAAAAGAUUUCAAUCUUGAGCUGGCGAUUAAAACCAAAAUCAUUACGGAUGGAUUGCGUUACUCAUUGGCCACUGGUAAUUGGGGUGAUCAGAAAAAGGCUCAUCAGGCUCGUGCUGGAGUGUCUCAGGUAUUGAAUCGUCUGACGUUCGCUUCGACAUUGUCUCAUUUGCGCCGUGUCAAUUCUCCGAUUGGUCGAGACGGUAAGCUGGCCAAACCGCGUCAGCUGCACAACACCCUUUGGGGUAUGAUCUGUCCUGCAGAGACUCCGGAAGGAGCUGCUGUCGGUUUGGUGAAAAAUCUUGCUCUAAUGGCUUACAUUUCUGUCGGAUCGCAACCGUCACCAAUUUUGGAGUUCUUGGAAGAGUGGUCUAUGGAAAAUCUGGAAGAAAUCGCUCCCUCGGCUAUAGCGGAUGCCACUAAAAUCUUCGUCAAUGGUUGCUGGGUCGGAAUCCAUCGUGAUCCGGAACAGUUGAUGGCUACAUUGAGGAAACUUCGCCGUCAGAUGGACAUUAUUGUGUCGGAAGUGUCGAUGAUUCGGGAUAUCCGUGAUCGUGAAAUUCGAAUCUACACCGAUGCUGGACGCAUCUGUCGUCCACUUUUGAUCGUUGAGAAUGGAAGCUUGUUGCUACGAAAGAAUCACGUUGACAUGCUCAAAGAUCGUGACUACAACAACUAUGGGUGGCAAGUUUUGGUCGCUUCCGGUGUUGUUGAAUACAUCGAUACGCUAGAGGAGGAAACGGUGAUGAUCGCAAUGACUCCGUAUGAUUUGAAACAGGACAAAGAGUAUGCAUACUGUACGACCUACACACAUUGCGAGAUUCACCCGGCAAUGAUUUUGGGUGUUUGCGCUUCGAUUAUCCCAUUCCCCGAUCACAAUCAGAGUCCUCGUAACACCUAUCAAAGUGCUAUGGGUAAGCAAGCUAUGGGCGUCUACAUUACCAAUUUCCACGUCCGGAUGGACACUCUUGCGCACGUUCUGUACUAUCCGAUGAAGCCACUGGUUACAACCCGGUCCAUGGAGUAUCUGCGUUUCCGAGAACUGCCUGCUGGAAUUAACUCAAUCGUAGCUAUUCUCUGCUAUACCGGAUACAAUCAGGAAGAUUCUGUCAUCCUGAACGCAACGGCUGUCGAGCGGGGUUUCUUCCGAUCGGUGUUCUACCGUUCGUAUAAGGAUUCGGAGAGUAAGAAAAUCGGCGAUCAGGAGGAACAGUUCGAAAAGCCUAACCGGCAAACCUGUCAAGGUAUGCGAAAUGCUUUGUACGAUAAACUAGAUGAGGACGGUAUCAUAGCUCCUGGGUUGCGUGUUUCCGGUGACGACGUCGUUAUUGGAAAAACUAUUACGCUUCCGGAAACCGAUGACGAUCUGGAUGGUACAACGAAACGUUACAGCAAGCGAGAUGGAUCAACAUUUCUGCGUAACUCGGAAACUGGUAUCGUGGACCAGGUUAUGUUGACAUUGAACAGCGAGGGUUAUAAAUUCUGUAAAAUUCGCGUUCGCUCGGUUCGCAUUCCCCAAAUCGGAGAUAAGUUUGCUUCACGGCACGGUCAGAAAGGUACAUGUGGAAUCCAAUAUCGGCAAGAAGACAUGCCGUUCACAUGUGAGGGACUCACGCCGGAUAUUGUCAUUAAUCCACACGCUAUCCCGUCGCGUAUGACAAUUGGUCACUUGAUCGAGUGUAUCCAGGGUAAACUGGGUUCUAACAAAGGGGAAAUCGGUGACGCUACUCCUUUUAACGACGCUGUUAACGUGCAGAAAAUUUCCACCUUCCUGCAGGAAUACGGUUAUCAGCUGCGUGGCAAUGAGGUCAUGUACAAUGGACACACUGGUCGCAAAAUCAAUGCCCAGGUGUUUCUUGGUCCGACCUACUAUCAGCGUUUGAAGCAUAUGGUGGACGAUAAAAUUCAUUCGCGGGCUCGUGGUCCGGUCCAGAUUCUGGUGCGACAACCCAUGGAGGGUCGUGCCAGAGAUGGUGGUUUACGUUUCGGAGAGAUGGAACGUGAUUGUCAGAUAUCGCACGGUGCUGCGCAGUUUCUACGGGAACGCCUUUUCGAGGUUUCCGAUCCGUACCGUAUACAUGUGUGCAACUUCUGUGGACUGAUUGCGAUUGCCAACUUGCGAAAUAACACAUUUGAGUGUAAGGGUUGCAAAAAUAAGACACAGAUAUCGCAAGUUAAGCUACCGUACGCGGCGAAGCUUUUGUUCCAGGAGCUCAUGGCGAUGAACAUUGCGCCUCGACUGAUGGUGUUGUAAGAUGCAUUGCACUACGAGACGGACGAAAGCAUCCGGAUGCUGCAUACAGUUUUAUGAUCUAUAAUAGAAUACAUGUGUACGACA